AUGACAAGGCACUCGUUUGGGUCGACCGACGACGGUGAAGAAUCGUCUUCUAUCGAUCCCGAUCUUGCCGCCGAGCUCGACAGCCGCCCCUCUGGCCUCAAGUCUCGUCCUCUCUCGACCAGGGUAGCCCAUCGGCCCAGCAACCUCGACUGGAAUCAAGCUGCAUCCUCCAAUGGCAAUGGACAUGCUUCCGCAAAGCCGGUAACCUCUUCUCCUCCUCUCUCACAGUCGCCAACCCUGCCGGCAACAUCUUCCGGUAUGGGUCAUCCCAAACAGAGCCCGCCCGCUCGGCACCGAAGCUACGGCCGCCGAUUUGGUACUUGGUCGAUAUCUCUCUUCGCUCUCUGUACCGCCGCGUUGGGUCUUCUUCUACUCGGCGGCAUUGUCCAUUCCUUGGUGACGCGGCAGCAGGACGUAAAAGGAUGCCGCAUGUCAUACAUGCGACCCUCAUACAUUCACUUGCGCGAGUUCGAUACCGAGCACACUCGUUUCGCGACCAAAUACUCCCUUCACCUCUAUCGUGAGGAAGGGCUAGACGAUGAGACCAAGCUUCGCGGAGUUCCGGUCAUUUUCAUCCCCGGCAAUGCUGGCAGCUACAAGCAAGUUCGACCCAUUGCAGCCGAAGCAGCCAGUCACUUUUACGAACGCCUUCAGCACGAUGGCAACUCUCUCAAUGCCGGCGUACGCAAUCUUGACUUCUUCACUGUCGACUUCAACGAAGACAUCACCGCCUUUCACGGCCAGACCUUGCUCGAUCAAGCCGAGUACUUGAAUGAGGCUAUUCGCUUUAUUCUCUCAUUGUAUUCCGACCCCAACAAAGUUAUCCGCGACUCCGAUUUGCCCGAUCCCACGUCUGUCAUCCUGAUCGGGCACUCCAUGGGCGGUGUCGUUGCUCGCGCUAUGCUUGUGCAGCCGAACUAUCAGGCCAACUCGAUCAAUACCAUCAUUACAAUGUCUGCGCCGCACGCCCGCCCUCCAGUCACUUUUGAUGGGCAGAUUGUUCAAAUUUACGAUGAGAUAAACGAAUAUUGGAGGAGAGCGUACACCCAGAAGUGGGCCAGCAGCAACCCCCUUUGGCAUGUUACACUGAUUUCGAUUGCUGGCGGUAGCCUCGAUACCGUUGUCCCUUCCGACUACGCCGACAUUAACUCACUUGUGCCCGAGACACACGGCUUCACUGUCUACACCACCGGUGUACCCACAGUUUGGACGAGCGCUGACCAUCAAGCUAUCAUGUGGUGCGAUCAAUUCCGCAAGGUCGUCAGCCAAGCUCUGUUUGAUGUUAUUGACGUCCACCGGGCCAGCCAGACCAAGCCUAGAGCUGAGCGAAUGACUACUUUCAGAAAGCGAUUCUUGACUGGAUUGGAACCCAACGCGCAAAAGACAAUCAACCAGGGCCAGGCUACUACCCUUCUCAUGAUCGAUGAGAACACGAAGAAUUUUGUGGCAGCAGAUCAGCGUCUCGUGAUGAGGCAGCUUGGCACCAAUCCAGGCCCGCAAGUCCAUCUUAUGCCGAUUCCACAUCCAGCGGAGCCAAUUGGCAAGCGAUUUUCUUUGCUGUCCAGCAGCCCACUGAGCGACGUCGCGGGAUCCGGUCUCGAGGUGCUACUUUGUAGCGUACUGACAUCACCCGCCGCCAGCAUUCCGUUCGUCACGACAAUGGACUUUGCUCAAAGUACCAAAGUCAGCACUAAGCUCGCCUGCAAGAACGCAGCUGGCGAUUCCGAUGUUCUGCCAGCUUCAACCAAGCACACAGUGAACCCAUUCUACCGCGACGGCGAGCCUGAGCUGGUCCCAUUCUCACACUUGAGAUACGACGCUCAGCAUAUUUCAGACUAUCAAUUUGUUGCCGUAAUCGACAAGUUUGAAUCGCCUGUUGACAAUUUCGUCAUGGCUGAGUUCAGUGACGUGCUGGACUUUGAACAAGAGCACAACAUCGCGCUUGGUAAAUUGCUUACACUUGGCCUUUCGUUUACUCUCCCAGCGACGCGACCCACUGUCGUGGAAGCAAAGAUUCCCGCCAUUGAGUCUAGCGUCUUGGCUUAUAAUCUUCAGGUUGAAUCUGGAGCUUGCGCUCAGGAGGCUCUCUUUGCGCCAAUGCUGCGCCAAUCUUUGCAGAGCCCACACGAGUCCCGUUACUUUGUCAAUGUCUCGCAGACCGGCAUCAGCCUUCAUGGCGAGGCGCCUUAUAUGCCACCAACGAUGGCUCACAAAACGAAUAAGGGCGUCGCCCUAGAAUUCUUUUCGGAUCCGACAUGCAAAGCUCCGCUCAAGGUCACCGUUACUUUUGACGCCUUGGGCAGCCUGGGCAAGCUGUACAUGCGCUACCGUACAGUGUUUGCAGCGUUCCCGCUGCUCAUUGUUACUCUUGUGCUUCGAAAGCAGUUCCGCGUUUAUGACGAGACUGGCGUCUUCAUCUCGUUCUCGGAGAGUCUCGACCUGUCGCUCCGCCAAUCGAUCCCGCUGCUGCUACUCUCACUCACGCUUCUGGCGACCUCCAUUGGUGUGGCGCCGCAGAUCGACACCAGCAGAGGCGGCUGCCCUUUGGUGGACACUGUAUCGGCUAUUGACUUUCAUCGCAAUGAUCUUUUGAUCGGCACGGACGAUCCAUUCUUUACCUUCAUGGUGCCAUUGAUUGGUAUCGUUUGUAUUGGAGUCUGCACAGCCCUUCACUAUGUCGUUUUGCUUCUCGCGCAGUUAUUCAGCUUUGCCUUUAUCCUUUUCCCAUCCCGCGGAAGCCCCGAUGCUAGCAACGGAAGUGCCAGCGCUGCCUCGCCCAUCUUUGCGCCAUCCACGCCUCGACGACGCAUGAUUUCAACCGCGAUUCUUCUGCUCUUGGUUGCGACGUUCAUCCCAUACCAGUUUGCCUAUCUGGUGGCUUGCCUCGUGCAGCUCUUCACAUCCGUUAGAGCUCUCCGCAUCAGCGCCGUCACGCCAUCCACGUCCAAUGUGAACUAUUACCACUAUACGCACUCGAUCCUUCUGCUGAUGAUGUGGGUUCUUCCCAUCAAUCUGCCCAUUCUGGCUGUGUGGGUGCGCAAUCUUGCGGUGCACUGGCUUACACCCUUUUCCUCGCACCACAAUGUCCUCUCCAUUACACCUUUCAUCCUAUUGGUCGAAAACAUGACGACUGGCCGCAUGGUACCGCAAAUAUCAAGCUGGUUGCGGCAUGUCACGAGCAUUCUUUUGUUCGCCACUGCACUGUGCGCGGCCAUCUACGGCAUUUCGCAUGCCUAUCUGUUGCAUUACCUAGUUAACAUCAUCGCCGCCUGGCUCGUGAUUCUACACGCCGCCUCGACGUCGUGGUCCGUCCGUAACCUGGGCGCCAUGUUCGAAGGGAAUGCGGAUGAAGGCAGAACGGACGGGAAAACAUCAUGA